AUGGCAAACGCGAAUAAACGACAAGCAAUACGAAGAUUCGCGUCCACGGUGAAUCUUUUUCAUCGUAAAUGGAGCAUACGUAGGACCCGGGAGAAGAACGAUUAUUAUUUGGAUCUCUGGAACGUGAACAUUAUUUUCUUCGGUGACAACGACGCCUUUGAGAAAUUGUUAGUCGCCGAAACUCCCUUCGAGUGGAACAGCAGGGAGCAUUUCAUCGUGCUGACGAUUUGGAACGAUUCCCUGGCGAAGUUAAACGAUAGAAAACCGUUGAUCGAUGGGACGCUUAGGAAACUCUGGCUGGAGCGUCGCAUUCAAAAUGUAUUUGCAAACGAGCCACUGUCGGACGACAAAAACCGCGAUAUAUACUCCUACAAUCCGUUCGCCGUGAUUAAUGAAACGGCGUGGGGAAAACUGGAGGCCGUAAACGCAACUUCGAAGAGACACAUGCUGCACUUGCUAUCGACGUUGACGUACCGACGCACUCUCAACUUCAACCGGUACAAAUUCAACGUGAGCAUUUUCGAUCAAAUCCAGGAAGCUAGUAAAAUCCAAGGGAAAGUGGAUCCAAAUUCAAUCUACUCUUAUUCGGGGGGAUAUAAUGGCACCAGCGGGAUCCUGUUAGGCGUUAUAGCAAAGAAAUUGAAUUUUACCAUAAACGUCGUCGAGCCAAAGACCGAGGAAAGGUACGGUCACCUGAUGAAAAACGGCACGAUCAGCGGGGCCCUAGGCGACGUGGUGUAUCGGAGAGUAGUAGCGUCCUUCGCCACGUUCUUCGUGAAGAAGUAUGUAAACGAUAUGAGCGGCGUGGAAUUUACAACAACCGUGGGUUUCGACAAGAUUUGCGUUGUAACGCCGAAAGCAGCCACGAUACCAAAGGGUUUCAGGAUAUACUACAUAUUCGAAUCCUCUUUAUGGCUAUGCAUGCUACUUUCGCACAUUAUAGUAUGCCUGGCAUGGUACUACGUGCAAGUAUUUACGCCACGAAGGGCUAAAAAAGCUGACAUCAAAUCCACAGCGUUCCACAUGUUCCUCGCCAGCGCAGGUUGCCCGAUUCCUCUGCCAAACUCGAGCGCCGAGAGGCGACUCUUGGCAGGUGUUUUCUUCAGCAGCGUGACUCUAAUAGGUAUAUUCAACGGCGCGCUCUACGACUGCUUCGCGAAAGACAUGUUCUACAAGGAUAUCGACAACAUGGAGGAGCUGGAAGCAUCUGGACUGCCCAUAGGAUUUUUCUCUUACAGCGUCAGAGACGUGUUCGGGUCGGAGAACGAUCCCGACUUGAGUCCGGUUUUGAGGAAGCUGCGCGAUAGGAUGAUAUACGCGCCAAACAACAUCGAGGAGACCGCUUUCCAUCGCAAUAUCAGCGGACUCCUCAGGGAUCAGUAUUGCCCUUUAAUAAAAGAGUCCCUGAUAGACAAAACUGGAGCGCACAUGCUUCACUCUGUGAAGGAAUGCCCAGCCCAGUUCUCUUUGGCGUGUCUCCUGCCAAGCAACUCGAUUUUCCGCGAAAGAAUCAACGCGAUAAUUGGCAAAUUGAACCAGGCUGGAUUGCCGACACAGUGGAGGAUCCAUUCGAUCCGUGAGAUCGCGGUGAAGAUGAAAGUGAAUAUAGACGGUCAUCACUGGCACUCGAAACACGGUUUCGUACCGUUCCAAUUGAACGACGUGCAAGUUUGCUUUUUCGUGCUCGGGACGGGAUUGCUGUCGUCCAUUAUCGUCUUCUUCAACGAGAAAGGCUGGCUGAGCUUUGGAAAAUCGAGAAGAAAAACGGAUUUCACGGUCGAAUAA